GCUAGUGCUCGUUCACAUUAUCCUAUUAUCUUCGCCACAGGUAACAAAAUGCACCGAGGAAAACGAUUCAGAGAUGUGGAGUUCCAGCAGUCUCAGGUGGGAUCUUCUUCUGCUCAGUCCAUGCGAUCCCAGCAGCCCCAGCAGCACGAGUCCGAGUCUCAGCAUGAGUUCCAGUCUCAGCAACAUCCAGGCCAGGAGGUUAUGGAUGACUUGCAUAUCCAAGAUGAACAAGUGAGAGUGAGGUUGACACGGGGUUCCUCUCGAGCACGGGAUGUGUGGCAGCUUCGUGAGGAUGAGAAGAUGGUCGUCGAAUGCAACGAACUAGGGCAGCCCAUCAAGAGGGCUGGAAGCGUUUUAUCAAGUUUCUUAGGAUCAGUUGCGCGUAGGGGUCAGUUGUGUCCGCUCAACUAUCAUAAGUGGAAUGAUAUGCUUCCUUCUUAUAAAGUUGAGCUUCUUAAAUUUGUACAGAAAAAGUUUGUGCUCCCUCCAGAGAGCCAUGAUUGGGUGCUAAAGUCCCUCAACCGCAAAUGGAAAGAAUAUAAGUCGAAGUUGAAGGCCGACUGGAAGCGCGAGGGUAUGACAGAGGAGGAGGUUGCUCGUGUUUGUCCUCCUGGUGUAUACCAUCAUCAGUGGAGGGAGCUUGUUCACUAUUGA